AGGGAGGCUAGGAGGAGCUACUGUUAGCAGGGAGGCUAGGAGGAGCUACUGUUAGCUAAGAGGCUAGGAAGGAAAAAAAUGCAAAAGAAACACAUUCACCAUAAUGAAUGAGUGAGUUUAUAUAAACGAGGAACGAUGAGGCUGGAAAGAGACUCACCUGUGGUUUGAGAGCGACGCUUCCCCUUUAAGAGAUCCAGGAAGUGGUUAGUGGGAGGGGGAGGAGGAGGAGGAGGAGCUCUUUGAGGAAACAGGUGUAUGUGCUGAGAGAGAUGAUGUCAUUCUCUGGCUGAGUCACCUGGGAGACGACUACUGAGAUAAAGGAGGAGGAGAUCAUCAUCAGCCCUGGUUCACUGGUGAGGAAGAGGAGGAGGAGGAGGAGGAGGAGGAGGACAUUUGAAUGCAGCUGAUGAUGAAGAGUGAUCCUGUUCAACCUCAGCCGAUGGCGAUGAAGAGUGGCCACGCCCCCCCAGCUCCCGUUGGCGUGUGAGAGGAGGUCAAAGGUCGUUCCUGAAAGCUUUGGACGUAACGUCACUGAAUACUCGGCCGCUGGAACCUGAUGGAUAUUUAUCAUUUUUUACUCUGAGCGGAUCCAUUUUUACCACUUUUCCCUUAAUUUAGUUUUUUUUUUGGACCUUUUUCCGUCCUUUGGAGAGUUUUUGCUUUUCUUUUAUUUCCGCCGUCCUCUCGGCCGGAGGACAUGGAUCUGUCUCCUUGGAUACGGGAGCGAACCAGAGGAAGCUGAUCUCUGCAGGAAGUGAAGCCAAGAGACGAACCAGGACACAGACGAGACAGGGACAUGUCCUGGAAGAGGAACUACUUUGCAUCAGGAGGCGGAGGAAGCGGCGGCGGCGGAGGUGGCGGUGGAGGUGGAGGUGUUGGAGGAGGCGGAGGCGGAGGCGGAGGCGGAGGCGGUGGGAUGCAGGGAAUCCUGACGCCUCGCACCAUGACGUCCAUCGCUCCCAGCAAAGGACUGAGCAACGAACCAGGACAGAACAGCUGCUUCCUGAACAGCGCUCUGCAGGUUCUUUGGCAUCUCGACAUCUUCCGUCGGAGUUUCCGUCAGCUCACGACUCAUAAGUGCAUGGAGGACUCCUGUAUCUUCUGCGCUCUGAAGAGCAUCUUCGCCCAGUUCCAGUACAGCAGUGAGAAGGUGUUACCGUCCGACGCUCUGCGCAGCGCCCUCGCCAAAACCUUCCAGGACGAGCAGAGGUUUCAGCUCGGCAUCAUGGACGACGCUGCAGAGUGUUUCGAAAACAUCCUGAUGAGGAUCCACUUCCACAUCUCAGAUGAGACCAAGGAAGACAUCUGUACGGCCAGACACUGCAUCCCCCACCAGAAGUUCGCCAUGACGCUCUUCGAACAGUGUGUGUGCAGCAGCUGUGGAGCGUCUUCAGACCCGUUGCCCUUCAUCCAGAUGGUCCAUUACAUCUCCACCACCUCUCUGUGUAACCAGGCAGUGAAGAUGUUGGAGUCGAGGGAGAAGGCGACUCCCGGCAUGUUUGGGGAGUUGCUACGAAACGCCAGCAUGGGAGACCUGCGCAGCUGCCCCAGUCAGUGUGGUCAGCAGCUCCGGAUGGCUCGCGUCCUCCUCAACAGUCCAGAGAUCAUCACCAUCGGCCUGGUUUGGGACUCGGAUCACUCGGACCUGGCCGAGGACGUCAUCCACACUCUGGGGACCUGCCUCCGUCUGGGAGACCUGUUUUACAGAGUGACCGAGGAGAAGGCUCGCCAGUCGGAGCUCUACCUGGUCGGCAUGGUGUGUUACUACGGGAAACAUUACUCCACCUUCUUCUUCCAGACCAAGAUCAGACGCUGGAUGUACUUCGAUGAUGCACAUGUGAAGGAGAUUGGCCCCAAGUGGAAGGACGUGGUUUCCCGCUGCAUCAAGGGCCACUACCAGCCUCUCCUGCUGCUGUACGCUGACCCCCGGGGGACGCCGGUGUCCGUCCAGGACCUGCCGCCACGCUUCGACCUCCACCACCUCAACAAGGCCUGUUACGACAGCGAAGACUCGGGCCGCGAGCCGUCAAUCUCCAGCGACACUCGCACCGAUUCGUCGACGGAGAGCUACUCGUACCGACAGCCCCCCCACUCUCACCAUGAGUCCCUGGCCAGCCACUACUCCUCCGACUCCCAGGGAACCGUCAUCUGCAUCCAGCGUCCAGACGGGGCCCUGCACGCCUCGCUCUGCAGCCUGGAUACCAUAGGCCACGGGACGGACGGCGAGCUGCACCGGUCUGAGAGGAGGGGAGGCGGGGCCAGCGAUAGGAGGCGGAGCUCUAGCCGCCCACGCCGCUCUAAACCUGAAACCCAGGCCUCGUCGGCCGGGUACCACAGCGAGGGAGAGACGUUGAAGGAGCAGCAGGUUCCUCGCCCCCUCCCCAAACCCUCGUCCUCCUUCUCGUCCUCCUCCAGUCGCCUCCGUGACUUAAAGGAGACCAUGAGUAACAUCAUCCACAGCCGAGCCCUGUCCACCACCACCUCCUCCUCCUGCUCCUCCUCCUCCUUACCGGCCGCCGUCCUGGCCUCUGAAGCCGCCGCCUCCUCCUCCUCCUCCUCCAACCAUCACCCCCCCGCCGCCGCCGCCGCCUCCUCCUCCUCCGGUAAAGACUGGGAGGCCGGCAGCACCAGCAGCGAGUCCAAGUCCAGCUCGUGUGGAGGUGCGGGGAGGUACCGGCCGGCGUGGAGGCCGCGGAGGGAGGCGCUCAACAUCGACAGCAUCUUCAACCGUGAGAGGAGGAGGCAGGCGGGGUACAGCCCCCUGGGAGGAGGCGCCCAGCCCGACGACACUGGAGCCUCCCUCCCACCCCAGGAGGAGGUGACGACGGCCCGGCCUGGCUCCUCCUGGACUCUCCCCUCCACCUCCACCUCCUCCUCCUCCAGCAUCCAGAGAGACCGGCCUCCUGCUCCUGCUCCUGCUCCUCCCCCCAGGCUGAUCCAGAGGAUGGAGAGUGGAUAUGAGAGCAGUGAGAGGAACAGCAGCAGCCCGGUCAGCCUGGACCUGAACCAGAACCAGAACCAGAACCAGGGAGACAGGGAGUGUGUCAUGAAGAAGCCUUCGUCCUCCUCCUCUUCCUCCGGGCCGUCGUGGAAGAGCUUCAGGUCGAAGAGCAGCGGAGCUCUGCUGCAGGAGCUCAGCUCUUCCAGCGGGGGGAGCUCUGCGCCCCCCACAGGCCGCAGUGAGCUGGACGAGCUGCAGGAGGAGGUGCUGAGGAGAGCGAGGGAGGAGGAGCAGCAGCGUCAGCUGGAGAAGGAGAAGGAAGCGGCACUCGGCUUCAACCCGAGACCCAGCAAGUACCUGGACCUGGACCAGCUGCAGAUCCAGGGUAAAGGCGACGGCUUCGAGCGAUGUGUGUCGGAGGCGGAGCUUCUCCUGGACCAAUCGGUGCGUCUGGAGCAGGCGGGCGAGGUCGCCGCUGCGCUGUCAGCCGUCAACGAAGCCGUCUCCAAACUGCGGCCGGCGGCGGCUGAGGGCGGAGCUAGUAGCCACAGCCGGCUGCAGCGCUGCAUGAGGAGAGGCCGCGGUCUGCAGCAACGCCUGCAGCAACGCCUGCAGCAGCAGGAGGAGGAGGAGGAGGAGCAGGAGCAGGAGGAGGAGGAGGGGGAGGGGCAGCAGCUCCAGGAACAGCCCAGUGAAAAGCCUCUCUCGCUCCCAGUACUUCUGACAGAGGACCAGGUCGACCAAUCAGCUUCCAGUCAGGCCCCGCCUCUCUCCACCUGCCUUGUCAAGCCCCUCCCUCCCAGAUCCAACUCAUUCUUUGACUCCGCCUCCAGCUCUGCGGCUCCUGCGGUUUCACCCAGGGAGGAGGGCGUCCAAACAGGGGGCCCCCUCCCUUUGGUUGGGAUGCCCCUCAGAAACACCCCCGCCCCCCCGGCUUCCCAUCUGGAAGACUUAGCCCCACCCCCUCCUCCUAAAGAGGCGGACCACUCCCCCCAGUGGAGCAGAACCCCGGCCCCUGCCCCGCCCCCUCCACCCAGGAGGUACUCCAGGACUCCAUCUCCUGUAGACAGGAGGAAUACCACACAGGCCACGCCCCUUACCUCUAUCCCCUCACCCAUACUGGCUCCUCCCCCUCCCUCCUACCCAACCAGGAACUGGUCCUGCCUACACCUGGACCAGCCCGACGUUGUGGACUGUCCCGGUCGGACCCCCUCCCCACCGGCCCGCCAGGACUACCCCACGGCUCUGCCCGUGGAGCGCUGGGCCGAGAACGUCAACAGAUACUACGGCUCCCAGAAUGCAACAGGAGGGGGAGUCGACGAGGAGCUGUCAGAGCUGGACACGCUGUACCAGGCCAGUCUCCUGGCUCCCAGCAUGCACCGGGGCAGCCGCGGAGUCAGCCCCCAACCCAGCACCAGCAAACCAGCUGUGACGAGGAUGCUGUCUGGACCUGGACGCUCUAAAACCCCCACGGCUGAGAUCGAGAGGUUCGUCUACAGGACGCCGGUCCCAGCUCCACCCAAGCCUCCUGAUGACCAGAGCUACAGCGCUGAGAACCUGCGUCGGGUCGCGCUCAGUCUGAGUGGGAACAUGAUGGGGUCACGACCCCAGAACCUCGGCUCCGCCCACAGCCACACCCACAGCCACAGCCACACCCACAGCCACACCUACGACCUCCCUGUGUCCCGGCCCCCACUCAGACACUCCACCUCCUCCCUCCGUCGCCCCAGCACCUCCUCUCUACACCUCCCCCCCUCCUCCUCCUCCUUCACUGCAGAUCACUCCUUCCAUCAACCCCGACAUCACGGCCCCUCAGCUCCUGCACCUCCUCCACACCACCCCUCCUUGCAGACCUCACGGCUCCCCAGCUCGGGGCCCUCCUCCUGGGGACACUCAGGAGGAGGUCCUAGGGUCCAGCCCCGGUUUCUGGUUGUGUCUGACAGGAGUCAGACUGUCUCAGGUCAAGGCCUCCACGGCGUCGCGUUGAGUUACGGGACUCUACCCCGAGCUCCUCGCCGAGCCCCGCCUCCUCCCUCCUCCUCCCCCCUCCUCAGACCCACACCGGGACCUGGUCCUGCCCCCUCACAGAGUCUCUACGCCACCCUGGCCCGGCCUCGCCGCUCCUCCAACUCCGACGGAGUCCACGUCCACUACGCCCCUCUCCGCCUCGACGUCCCCCCUGACAGCGACUGGCGCCGGAACCCAGACUACAGGAUGGUCCAGCCCGGCUCCUCUCAACACCAGGACUAUAGGAUGGUCCAGCCCGGCUCCUCCCACGACCAGGACUAUAGGAUGGUCCAGCCCGGCUCCUCCCAGACCCUGGACUACAGAAGGGUCCAGCACAGCUCCUCAUGGGAACAAGACUACCGGAUGUUCCAGCCCGGCUCCUCCCGGGACCGGGACUACAGGGCGGCGGUCCAGCCCGGGUCCUCGUGGGACCCCCGUCUGGCCCGGCGCCCCCUCCAGAGAUCCGUCUCCCAGCAGCCUCCUCGUCUUUAAUAUUUAACCGACUCCAGUUAACGAAUGAAUAGAAAGACAUGAACGAGCUCAUGAAGCUGAGAGGAGGAGCUUAGACAGUGAACAGAGAUCUGACUCCGCCCACCUAGUGCUCCAAGUGGGCGGAGUCAAACGCACCCACGAGGUUGAGUUCAGGUUCAGUGAGUUAGUUUCAGAGAGGUUAUUUUUCUCGUCUAUUUUCGGAGCUUAUUUUUCUACUCUGUAGACGCUGAGAAGAUUAAAAGCUUCAAACUUCA